AUGGGUAAUGGUUAUUCUCAUAAUUAUGGCUACAACCCUUUUAUGCCCUAUGGUCCGUAUUAUGGUGGUUAUACUCCUCAUGCUCAAUUUUAUGGACCUGAUCCGCAACAAGUUCAUUGCCCAACAUGCAAGCAAAAUACAACAACUGAAGUUAAAUUUGUUUUUGGUGGAUGUACUUGGUUCUACGUCAUCUUUUUUAUUGCUUUUGGGUUCGUUAGUUUAAAAAUUGCUAUAUUAAUUUAUUUUUUAAGCUCUUUCAUGGCUUUUGGGGGAGCCAUUGCAUGUAGUAAUAAAGAUCAUUCGGAAUGUAUUUUUUUUAUUCUUUUCGCAAUUGUUUUAUUCUCUUGUGUGCCUGUUACUAUCUUCUGUAAUUGUUUUAAAAAUGCAGAACAUUACUGUGGUCGUUGUAAUACUUUUAUUGGCAAAUAUGAACGCUUCAGUGGAAGGCCUGUUGUUGUAUUACCACCUGAAUGUCAUAAACAUCAAAUGAUGCCCAACCAUCAUAAGUAG